CCCAUCUGCCAUCUUCCAUCUGCACCUCAACCUGUUCAUUCCAGGAGACAGUGCCAGCGCCUGGUUGUUCCAGGCCUUUCUCCUGGAAGGGUUGAUGCGGUGGUGGAACGAGGACAGGGCGGCGUCAUGGCGGCGGGACGGCCACUGCUCCGCUCCUACGCCCCCCUGCAGUACUCCCUGGACCAGCUCAGCCAAAGGGUGCUUGGCAUCACCAGGCCCAGGGAGUACACCGGGGAACUCAUCGGUAUUGAGUACCUGUAGUCCCAGACGGGCGAAGUGCUGCAGGACAUCAGCAUGGACCCUGACACUCCGGACGCGGAUGGGAACGUUCCUCUUGCCCCACCCUCUGAGGAUGGAUUUGAAGUCGCCCACGAGGAGGUGGAUGACCUCACCAUCCCACUUCCGGGCGACUUCACACCUCUGAGGGAUCCGCGGUCAGGGACCCCAGCUGAUGAGGCACCCGUGCCCGAGCCAUCACGUACGACCACCCCUGAGCCCGCACCCCACUCGCCAGGUCGGUCCUCUCCGCCACCUCAGCCAGCUCCUGAGGAGUACAGAGGGCCGGAUGACCAGCCUGGGUUCCUGGCCGUGGGCAAGCUGGCCACGGCCUUAGUGGGGUUGCGUAGCGACGAGGCCUUGUCCGAGAGGAGGGUGGACGAGCUCAUUGAGCUCUACGAGGCCCUGUCACCGUACGACAGGGCCAGAGUUGUCUACCCUCCUCGCCAUCGGGAUAGGCCAGCUCAGGGGCGCUUCUAGGCAGCAAAAUCGGCUCACGUCAGCAUCACUGGUGUGGAAAGCCUGAAACACUGCCUGGUCGGACAGACCUCUGGACCUGCCACCUGGCCGAGUGCCAGUCGCGUGGUGGAAGCAGUAUGCACCUAGCUGUGCCACCUCUACCCCUCAGGCACCAGAGUGUACGGCAGCCGGAGGACACGCUGGGACUGCAUACUGCUGCAUUACCACCACGUCCGCGACUUGGUGCUUGGCCACCAGAGGCUGAUGGCUCGGGCGCCUAUUCAGCUCUUUGAGCUGAAUCAGAGGACCCUCUCCCAGUGGUUCAUGAAAACCCAAAGGGAGAAGGUGAGGACUGUGUUGGCACCGGGACCAGGCGCUGCAGCAGAGGGGCGACCACAACCACCACCACCACAACCACAACCAACACCACCACCACCACCACCACAGCCACCACCACGACAAGCUGC